AUGGAUUAUCGGUUAUCGAUUAUCGGGUAUUGGUUAUCGGCUAUCGAUUAUCGGUUAUUUGCUAUCGAUUGUCGGGUAUCGACUAUCGAUUAUCGGGUAUCGGUUAUGGAUUAUCGGCUAUCGAUUAUCCGUUAUUGGGUAUUGGUGAUCGGUUAUCGGCUAUCGACUCUCAAGUAUCAGUUAUCAGUUAUCAGUUAUCGGUUAUGGAUUAUCUGUUAUCGAUUAUCCGCUAUCGGCUAUCGAUUAUUUGGUAUCAGUUAUCGGUUACGGAUUAUCCGUUAUCGGGUAUCGGUUAUCGGCUAUCGAUUAUCAGGUAUCGGUUAUCGAUUUUCGGCUAUUGAUUAUCCGUUAUCGGUUAUCGGUGAUCGGUUAUCGGCUAUCGAUUAUCGGGUAUCGGUUAUCAGUUAUCAGUUAUCGGUUAUGGAUUAUCGGCAAUCGAUUAUCGGUUAUCGGUUAUCGGCUAUAGGCUAUCGAUUAUCGGCUGUUGGGUAUCGGUUAUCGGCUAUCGAUUAUCGGCUGUUGGGUAUCGGUUAUCGGCUAUCGAUUAUGCGUUAUCGGGUAUCGGUUAUCGGUUAUCAGCUCUCAGUUAUCGGUUAUCGAUUAUCAGGCUCCCCCCCCGCGGGCCGGGGGCCGCUCCCUCCCCCCUCGGCCGCUCUGCUCCUCUCGUGCUCGGGGCUCGUGGCCUUCGUCCUCCUCCUCCUCACCUGCCUGUGCUGCCGGCGCGGGGACCUCGGCUUCAAGGAGUUCGAGAACCCCGAGGGGGACGAAGAUUCCGGGGAUUUUUCGCCUCAUCCCGAGGAUUCCUCCUCGUCCUCGCCCUCCCCUCCCCCCGAGGUGUUCGUGGUGCCCCUGGAGCCGCCCCCGGCGCCGCCGGGGCUGCGGCAGCAGCUGAGCUUCCUGCAGGAGAUCGGCACCGGAUGGUUCGGGAAGGUGAUUCUGGGGGAGCUGAGGGGGGGUCCCAGCCCCGCCCAGGUCGUGGUGAAGGAGCUGCGGGCGGGGGCCGGGACCCCCGAGAGGAGGCGGUUCCUGGCUGAGGCCGAGCCCUACAGGACCCUUCGCCACCCGAAUUUGCUGCGGUGCCUCGGGGGCUGCCGGGAGCGGCCCCUGCUCCUCGUCAUGGAAUAUUGCCAGAUGGGGGACCUGAAGCGUUACCUGCGGGCGCAGCGGGGGCAGGGUGGGGGAGGGGCGGCCCCUCCCCCGCUGCCCCCCCGGGAUUUGGGGACCCUCCAGCGUUUGGCCCUCGAGGUCACCCGGGGGCUGCGGCACCUGCACCGCCACGGAUUCGUCCACAGCGACCUGGCGCUCCGGAACGUUCUGCUGACCUCGGAGCUGACGGCGCGGCUCGGCGACUACGGGCUGGGCCCGGCCAACUACCGGGAGGACUAUUACGUCACGGCGGAGCGGGCGCUGGUGCCCCUGCGCUGGGUGGCCCCGGAGCUGCUGAGGGAGCCCCAGGGGGGCCGAGGGGGGCUCAGGGUGGAGCCGCAGAGCCCCGAGAGCAACGUCUGGCUGGACCUGCUCCGUUCCUGUCGCCGUCCCCCGGCCGAGCGCCCGACGCUGGAGCAGCUCCACGGGCGCCUCUCGGCCCUGCUGGGCCGACCCCUGACCCCUGCUCCGGCCACUCCGGCCACGCUGACCCCCGGCCCGGUCACUCCUCCGGCCGCUCCGGCCACGCUGACCCCCGGCCCGGUCACUCCUCCGGCCACGCCGUUCCCGCUGCUGGAGCCGCUGCCGGACACCGAGGACGUGCUGACGGUCACUCAGGGCCGGGGGGGCGGCCUGGCCUUGGAGUGCGCCUGGCAGCGCGGCCGGAGUGACCGGAGUGACCGCGGUGACCGGAGUGACCGGAGUGACCGCGGUGACCGGAGUGACCACGGUGACUGGAGGGAAUGGAGGGAACAGAGUGACCACAGUGACCACGGUGGCUGGAGUGGCUGGAGUGACCGCGGUGGCUGGAGUGGCCAGAGGGAACGGAGUGACCGCAGUGACCACGGUGGCUGGAGUGGCCGGAGUGAUUGGAGGGACUGGAGUGACCACAGUGGCUGGAGUGACCGGAAUGACCGGAGUGACCGUGGUGACCGGAGCGGCCAGAGUGGCUGGAGUGACCGUGGUGACCACGGUGACCGGGGUGACUGUGGUGGCUGGAGUGGCCGGAGUGGCUGGAAUGACCAGAAUGACCAGAGUGACCAGAGGAACCGGAAUGACCAGAGUGACCACAGCGGCUGGAGUAGCUGGAAUGACCGGAGUGACCGGAGUGACCAGAUUAGGCAGAGUGACCACAAUGAUUGGAGUGGCCAGAGUGGCUGGGAUGACCAGAGGAACCGGAAUGACCGGAGUGACCAGAGUGACCGGAUUGGCUGGAGUGGCCACGGUGACCAGAAUGACCAGAGUGACCACAAUGACCGGAGUGGCCGGAGUGACCGCACUGACCGCACUGACCAUGGUGGCCACAGUGGCCGGAGUGACCGCACUGACCCCGGUGGCCGGAGUGACCACAGUGGCCGGAGUGACCACACUGACCACAGUGACCGCACUGACCACAGUGACCGCACUGACCCUGGUGGCCGGAGUGACCACACUGACCACAGUGACCGCACUGACCCCGGUGGCCGGAGUGACCACAGUGGCCAGAGUGACCGCACUGACCCCAGUGGCCGGAGUGACCACAGUGACCGCACUGACCCCGGUGGCCGCAGUGACCACAGUGACCGCACUGACCCCGGUGGCCGGAGUGACCACACUGACCACAGUGACCGCACUGACCCCGGUGGCCGGAGUGACCACACUGACCACAGUGACCGCACUGACCCCGGUGGCCGGAGUGACCACAGUGACCGCGCUGACCCCGGUGGCCGGAGUGACCACACUGACCACAGUGCCCGCACUGACCCCGGUGGCCGCAGCGGCCGGCCCGAGGUGUCCCCGGGGGUGCUGCCGGUGCUGGGGGCGCGAAGCCCCCCGGGGGGCUCCGAGUUCUUCGUCCGAUUGGAGGAGCAGGGGGUGACGUCACCGGAUGGGGGGAGGGGCCGGAGUUUUGGCGGCGGUGGCGUGGGGGAGGGGCCGGACGUUGGGGCAGGAGGGGUCAGCGAUGGGUCAGGAGUGGACAUUGACCCAGGACCGGACACUGACCCCAGACCGGUCAGCGAUGGGUCAGGAGUGGACAUUGACCCAGGACCGGACAUCGGUGACCCAGGACUGGACACUGACCCCAGACCGGUCAGCGAUGGGUCAGGAGUGGACAUUGACCCAGGACCGGACAUCGGUGACCCAGGACCGGACACUGAGCCCAGACCGGUCAGUGAUGGGUCAGGAGUGGACAUUGAGCCAGGAGCAGUCACUGAGCCAGGACCGGACCCUGACCCCAGACCGGUCAUCAUUGACCCCAGACCGGUCAUCAUUGGGUCAGGAGUGGACAUUGAGCCAGGAGCGGUCACUGAGCCAGGACCGGACCCUGACCCCAGACCGGUCAGUGAUGGGUCAAGACCGGACACUGAGCCCAGACCGGUCAAUACUGACCCAGGGCUGGACAUCGCUGGCCCAAGCAAGGCCAACGGCCCAAGGGGUGCCACCGCUGUCCCUGGAGAUGACCCCGUGGGGACAAAACCGGACAUCGGUGACCCCAGACCGGUCAUCGCUGGCCCAAGCAAGGCCAACGGCCCAAGGGGUGCCACCGCUGUCCCUGGAGAUGACCCCGUGGGGACAAAACCGGACACUGUCCCAGGACCGGUCACUGUCACCGUUGUCACCGGAGGUGGCGCCUUGGGGACAAUUCCGGACAUCGGUGACCCCAGACCGGUCAUCGCUGGCCCAAGCAAGGCCAACGGCCCAAGGGGUGCCACCGCUGUCCCUGGAGAUGACCCCGUGGGGACAAAACCGGACACUGGGCCAGGACCGGUCACUGUCACCUUUGUCACCGGAGGUGGCGCCUUGGGGACAAAACCGGACAUCGGUGACCCCAGACCGGACAUCACCGACCCAGGACCGGACAUUGACCCCAGACCGGUCAUCGCUGGCCCAAGCAAGGCCAACGGCCCAAGGGGUGCCACCGCUGUCCCUGGAGAUGACCCCGUGCGGUCAAGGCUGGACAUCGGGCCAGGACCGGACGUCGCCGUUGUCACCGGCGGUGGCACCUUGGGGACGAGGGACGACCCCUCUGACCCCGGCCACGUCCCCGAGGCCACCAGAGGGUAUGUCCGUGACGUCACCAGGUGUGUCUGUGACGUCACCAAGUAUGUCUCUGACGUCAUCAUCUGUGUCUGUGACGUCACCAGGUGUAUCUGUGACGUCACCAGGUGUGUCUAUGACCUCAUCAAGCGUGUCUGUGACGUCAUCAAGUGUGCCUGUGACAUCCCCAGGUGUGUCAGUGACAUCAUCAGGUGUGUCCGUGACAUCACCAGGUGUGUCAGUGACGUCACCAGGUGUAUCAGUGAUGUCACCAGGGGUGUGUCCCCGUGCCCGGGGGCGUGGCCGGUGGCCCGCGAGCGGCUCCAGGUGUCCCUGAGCGAGGCGGUCUCGGUCUCCCGGCGCCUCCUGCGGGACCCCCCGGGGGGAGGGGGGGAGGGGCGCCCCUCCCCCACCCGCGGCAGCAGCGCCGACAUCCGAGCCAAGGCCUCCCGCCUCUCGCUGCCGCUGCCGCCGCUGGCCCUGCGGCCUCUCCCGCUGCGCUGGGGCGCGCCCGAAACCUCUCGGGGGGACCCGGACGAGGACGACGAGGACGAGGAGGACGAGGAAGAAGCGGCGGGACCCGAGGAGGCCUCGGCGGGCCCCGUCCCGCUCGUGGUUUCGCGCUGGGACGGCCGCGGCCUCCGCGGCCUCCUGAAACCUCCGCGCCGCCCGCCGGAAGUGGGACUGAGCUCCAACCGGAAGCGAAAAGCGGUAUCCUUCUUCGAUGACGUAACGGUGCACCUAUUCGAUCAGGAGACGCCGACCAACGAGUUGAGCGGGCAGAGCGGCCCCGAGGAGCCCGCGGCGAUGGCGCCCCCCGAUGGCUUGGCCGCCGUCGAGAACUGA